AUGUUUAUUCUGUUGAAAUAAACUACUCUUGUUGUUUAUAAUUUAAUCGAGUACAUUGGUGGAUUUUAACAUUAUUUUUAAGUGAAUUAAAAAUUGUAUCGGAGAGUAAUUAAUUGGUAACGUAGUUUUACAUAACAUUGUAGAAACUAUUGAAAUGGCUGACGAUUUCUUGGCAGAAAACAACAACUGUGGUCAAACUUUGCUUCAUUUAGUGUCUCGUGGGAAUGCUAUCAUCGCAGAGCUCCUGAGACUAAAGGAUUACAUUCCUCCAGUUUUCAAAUUUGAUACGAAACAAGACCAACAAAAGUAUUCUGGUUUGAUACUAGACUUCGCUUACUUCAAGGCUCCAGAUGAGAUUGAUAAGAAGAUAGAAAGCAGCCUGAUUCUCCAAGAUUUGGAUGAAGAACUCAGAGAGAAACCACAUAGAUCUUCUGACAAGAUUUUAUUGUGGCUUUUGAGAACAUCCAGAAGUUUGCCACUGACAUUAACAGUUAUAUCGAAGACUUGGAAGAUGGAGUCUACAUUCAGCAAACGUUGGAGAGUGUAUUCAUCAGUGAAGACGGAAGACAACUUCUGUGUGAAGCAGUUUACCUGUUUGGCGUUAUGUUGUUGGUUGGUUGACCUUCACAUUCCAGGCGACAUCAGGGAGCGAAUGCUCGUCUCUUACUACAGAUACAGUGCCCAGAGGACAAUGCUGGCAGCAAUGUGGAUGACGUGUGCAAACUACUGCGUUCUACCGGCCUGAUGCCGAGGGAAGAGGCCACCAAAUUUACCCCGAGGAUUUAUUUCAGG